AAAGCCCACUACUCUACGCGCCAAGUUGCUACUUGCUACUCUCCGAACACUCCAUACUCCUCCCGUCUUCGUCCUCUCGCCCCUUUCGCCUUUCUAGGGUUUCCUCGGAGCUCAAACCUAGGGUUUCCUCGUACAAGCUGAUCCGUAGCCAUGGCGAUCGCCGCUCAGACCCCCGACAUUCUCGGCGAGCGCCAAACGGACCAGGAUGUGCGCACGCAGAACGCGGUGGUGUGCCAAGCCGUGGCAAACAUCUUCAAGUCGUCCCUCGGACCCGUCGGUCUCGAUAAGAUUCUGGUUGGUGACAUUGGUUAUGUGACAAUAACGAACGAUGGCGCAACAAUUCUGAAGAUGUUAGAGGUGGAACAUCUAGGUGCCAAGAUUCUUGUUGAGCCGGCAGAACUUCAAGAUCGGGAGAGAGCAAAUGUUCUUGUCAGAAAUAAAAUCCACCCAUCCUCUGUAGUUAGUGGCUACAAGCCCAAUUCGAGAUUUAUUUUUUUUCUCUUCCUUCUCCGUCUAUCAGUUUGCAAUGGGGGAAGCCUGCAAGUAUCCGAGUUGAUACAGGAAUUUCAGAGAAAAAUCAGCAAGAAAAUUAAGAACGGGAGAUGGGGUGUGGAACCGAGUGGUCCAAAUCCACGCGUUCCGCGACACGUGGGGACACGCCAUUGGUCACUCGUGUGCCCACUUGCGAUGGCGAGAGAGCGAGAGCAAAGAAGGGCAAAAACGAGGACCAGCUCCCUUGCCCUACUCACUUACCCCCGCGUCUGGCUCAUCUGACACCCUCCACGUUCCUGCGUGGUCCGCACCGUUUGAUAUCUAUGCGGGAGGGUCCCAUGAAUACUCCGCCAAAAAUUUGCGAAAGCUCUCUAUGGCAUAAGUGCGUACGUAGCGCCUACAUCUACGACGCUGUUAUGCGGACCCCAUGAAGGGGCUACGUGCCGACGGACACGCGGCGGUCGCACGGUCGAGGAGCGAUAGCAACCGGCAUGUGCUGCGGGGCAGCGCGCGUCAGAGAACGAAGGCCGGGGGGCGAGCUGAUCCCGAAAAAGGGCCUGCGAAGUUUCCGACCGACACCUCCCCAACAAAUUUUGGCUGGACCGCAUCCGCCACGUCAGCUAAUAACGCAUGAUGUCGUAAAAUCUAAAUACGAGACUUUGUUUAGAAUUGCGAGGAGCUCUCUAUUAUAUGUAGCAGAAUAGUAACCGUGAUAUGUCGAUUACGAUAAUUUUGACUAA